AUUUUACAGCAUUGAAAUAACUCAGUUGCCAGGCUCUUGAAUAUUUGCACAGAAAUGAUGGCGGUAAGAAUUCUUUGUUAAUGCUUUACCCGCUGACAAAUUCUUAAGUAUCUUUUUAAGAGUGAGGCAAUAUGAAGUGAACUGCAUCUGAUUAAAAUGUUUUAGCACUGUUUGUCUUUGCUCUUAGUCUAGGUGGGUGUUUAUUAUUGGUAGGCCUGAUGAGUACUAAAUUGCAUAAUAUGUAACGGUAUCAGUGAUAUUAUAUCUGAAUUUGCGAAGCCGAUGGCAUAUAAUCCUACAUAAAGGCACCACAGCCGAUAAGCUACACGGAGCUCCGAAAAACUCACAUACACCUGUGAGAUAGAAAAUUUGCCGAUCCGUUGAUUUAUAUAACCAGUGUCUUUUAAUAUUUAGUCAAGAAAUUUCUAAUACAUUCGCUCUGAUUUGCGCUGCUACAUAUCAGACAUACAUGUACAUGUAUGUAUGUAUGCAGGUGACAUCCAUACAGCGAAGUGCAAAAGCAAAAGUGAAAAUAUAGAGGCAAAUGACAUCAUUAUGGUAUCUUCGAGGGGAUUUUUUCGGUUAAUACACGUUUCCAAUCAUACUUUCAUACUCACAAUCGAUGCAGGGUAAAUUGAGGUUUGGUUGAGACAGACACACGUUAAGAACAUCAUUUUCUUCUUUUCAAGGUAUUGAACAUGCGUACAUAACGAGCAGGUAAACAUAAUGACAGUUCUUACCCAUGUCACGAUCACAAGCCCCCGUUUGUAGUGGUAAUAUAUUUAUUCUCAGUCUGGCAACCUACCUAAUAUCCCAAGCAUACAGCUCACGGCUGCCAGGUAUAUCGACUUUAAUCGUAUAUAGUCAGAGAAAAAUUGUUUAUAAAUACAAACAUGCCUUAGACGUCUAGGAAGUCUUAGCCCUUAAUCACCGCUUAAUGGCAUUACGCCACGCCGUCCUCCAACAAUGAACACCCACAUUCCUACCGACCAAAACGCUGGUGCACAAGAGACCAAGGAACCCCUGAUCGACGGCCCUGCCGUGGUGGACGCCAAUGGCGAAUGCACGGACCCCGAGAAGACCGAGAAGCUCAGUGUUAUCAGCACUGAGACGUCCACCGCCGCCAGCUUACUGAACGGGAACACUAGCAGCGAGACGAGCCACGAUAGCGAGGAACGAGGCACGUGGGGCCUCCAGGUGGAUUUCUUCCUCUCGUGUGUAGGGUACGCCGUAGGACUGGGGAAUCUGUGGAGAUUUCCCUAUCUCUGUAUCAGAAAUGGAGGAGGCGCGUUCCUGAUCCCAUACUUCAUGUUUAUGUUCCUGUGUGGGAUUCCUCUGUACUUCAUGGAGUUGUCCAUUGGGCAGUUUUCACGCUGUAGCCCCCUUUCCAUAUGGAGCGCUAGCCCGCUAUUUAAAGGCAUUGGCUAUGGGAUGGUGAUCGUUUCUGGAAUAUGCUGCAUCUAUUAUAAUGUCAUCUUGGCCUGGACGCUCUACUUCUUCGGAAUGUCCUUCCAGUCGGAGGUGCCCUGGAAAUCUUGCAACAAUGACUGGAACACGGAAUGGUGUGUGCAAAGAGGCGGUGAGAACAGCACCUUCAACGAAUCCAUCACGGAGUUAACUGUUGAGAACGUCACCAAGAAACUGGUGACUCCGGCUGAGGAGUUUUGGGAGUUUAAUGUCUUGGAGAUUUCUAAGGGAAUUGAACACCCAGGAAGUGUCCGCUGGCAGUUGGUGCUGUGUCUCGCGGGCGCCUGGGUCAUUACAUUCUUGUGUUUGUGUAAGGGAGUGAAAUCAUCGGGAAAGGUUGUAUACGUAACGGCCACCCUGCCUUACCUCAUGCUGACCAUACUUCUGAUCCGUGGCGCCCUGCUCCCGGGGGCUAUCGAUGGAGUGAUCUUCUACCUCAAACCGGACUUCAACAGACUCGCCGACUUUAAGGUAUGGGUUGAAGCAUGCCUACAGAUCUUCUACUCCGUGGGGGUGGCAUGGGGAGGUCUUAUUACCAUGGCUAGUUUCAACCGAUUCCACCACAACUGUUACAGGGAUGCUCUGAUGAUUCCACUUAUAAACUGUGGAACAAGUUUCUACGCAGGGUUUGUGGUGUUCUCUAUCAUUGGUUUUAUGGCAAAGGAAGCCAAUCUGCCAGUGGACAAAGUUAUCACCUCAGGUCCUGGCCUAGUAUUUGUAGCCUACCCUGAGGCCAUAUCCCGCCUGCCAAUGUCCCCUAUCUGGGCAGUUCUCUUCUUUUUGAUGUUGCUGACCAUUGGCUUGGAUACACAGUUUGGUAUGAUGGAGACACUGUCCACAGGUCUCAUAGAAUCUGGUGGUAAAUACCUGAUGAAGAAAAGAAUGCUGUGUACUGCUGGAAUUUGUAUUGUUCUCAUGCUGCUUGGACUUCCCUGUAUUACCAAUGGAGGUGUCUAUGUUUUUCAAGUUCUUGAUUGGUACUCUGCAGCUGUUCCUGUGGCAGUCUUGGCACUCAGUGAAUGCUUGGUGAUAUCAUAUGUCUAUGGUGCGGAGAGACUUUACGGAGACAUAGAAAUGAUGAUUGGAUACAGACCCACGUCGUUGUGGAAAUACUGUUGGUACACAGUUACGCCCCUUUUGCUGGUGAUUUGCCUGAUCACAAGCCUGGUCCUAUAUAAGCCACCAAAAUAUGGUGACUAUGAGUACCCCCUGUGGGCCACUAACAUGGGCUGGUGUUUGGCUGCCCUCCCACUGAUCCCAUUACCAGUGGUGAUGAUUUAUGGUAUUCUCACAACCAAAGGAACCCUCCGUGAGAGAAUUGCACAUCUAAAGAAGCCAACAGAUGUGUGGGAAAGAGCCAGAAAAAAAACUCAAAAUGUGGAUGAGAUGGAAGAAGAUAACUCUAAUGAGCUUAUGGAAAUAAAGUCAUAAUUUUUUUUACCAUCAGCAUGACAUGAAAGCUAUUUUGACACAAAAGACAACAGCUGGCAAAAGAAGACCAAAUAUGAUGAGAAAAUGAGUUUGAUAUCAUUGAGAUUUACCUCCAUUGUGUUUACAUACACAAUGGAUUUUAUUCAAUAUAUAUAUAUAUUUACUCUAAGGGAUUUCCAUCUUAUGAAACCUCUUAACAUAAUUUUUAAAGAUAUUUGGAUUGUUGACAAAUUGGAUUUUAGAACCCUUUUUGUAUUCAAUUUAAAUUUCCUGUGUUUUAGCACUUGAAAUUGUUCUGGAUAUACAUUGUAUAUUACAACCAAAUUGUUUGCUUCUGUAAGUUCAUUUUGUCAGUGCCAAUUACCUUGAAAUCACUGAUAUCAUAUCACUUGAAUUAAUUGUUUUCGUAUAUACAGUGUAUGUAUAUUUUUUUCUUUGACGUAAUACUUAACCACUGUGCUACCAUGCACGUUUUUUUCAUCAGUGCACAAAACAAUUUAAAUCCACUUCAAAUAUUCAAUCACAAAGCAUUCUAUCUUACUCCUGAAUGUCAUAUUGGAAGGUUUGUAUCAAACCAUUGUUUGUAUAAUAGUAAACUGCACAUUUACACAGUGACAGUGCUUCAUAGAGGACCAUUCCACUGGAUCACAUGUACAAUGAAAUAUUUGGGUUGGGCUUCAAUUUGUUCGAAUUUUAAUCAGUUAAAAUUGGGACAGGUUCUCUGAUUAAGAAGUGUUGAAACUAUAUGUGCAUUGUGUAGAAGGGUCACAUGUUUCAGUAUAAAUCUCAGUGGAUGGGUUUUUGGCGCCAAUGAGUAACAUAGUAAUACUAUUUUAUUAGGAGUUUUUAACAAAGUUGGUACAAACAUGUUUUACAUUUUAUACCAGGUUACUGUUAUCAUUGUGAAAUUCAAACAGGAUUGUUCUCAUUAGAUCUCAUCAGCCAUACAACCCAGUGACAGGUUACUAGUACAUUAUAACUGUAAGUGAAGUUUGUUUGGAGUGUAGUUAUGUUUUAAUUGAAAAAAAUGUUUCUUAUCAGGCAAGGGUGAAACCUGCAGCUGGUACCACUGGACAGUGAAAACUACCCAGGAAAUUUUCUAUUCCUGCACAAAGUGAAUGGAAUUUGUCCAUUAUUUCUAAUUUUGGUAUUUGGACUCCAACUCUGAAUAACGUCACCCACAAAGAUUAUGGUGUUAUUUUAUAGAGAAAUACGCAUCUUUUCUGGCAUGCAAGUCAUGGAAAUAAUUUGAGUUAGUAAUUACUGUUAGUUCUUCGUAUCUUUGUUACUACAGUGUCAUUUAAUUUUUCUAAAUUCAAAGGGUACUUUUCUGUAUCCACGGUAUUGUUCAUUUGUCUAAAAUAACUUUUAAAAACCUUCUUAAGGAAGAUAAUCUACUCUAAGAGUUAAGUUUAAAUCAGGAAAUCCUUCAAAUUCAGCCAAAACAAAUUUAACUGCUGGUGAAUAUUGCAAUAUUAAUGACACGUCCAGCUGAACUGGUGUUCCAUCAUCCAGUCCAAGAGUCUGUUAUGUCCUUACAUGUAUGUAUACAAAAACUGUGUUAGUAAAUUCACAAUUCUUUAAUUUAAAUGAAUAA